UUGGGAAGUAGCACGGAUUGCUCAUCCGAUCCGUGCAGCCGCAGCUAGUGUGUCAAGUUACAGAGGCGCCGGAAUCGGCUCCAGGGCUCCUCAGCAGUGGCCACGACCCACCUUUGCCCAUGGGGCCCUCCAUGUGCGCCCCUUCGCCCUGGGACUGAAACUGGCUCGCCUGGGAGACGCUUGACACCAAGAAGCACCGGCAGCGCAGAACCAACCAAGGACUCUGCAGAUACUUGAAGGGAAAGACGGGGCGGAGAGGAGAGCCGGCCAGAUUCUCCUCACUUUCCUGGACUUGGAAGAUUCUUCGAAGUAACUUUGUCUCACCUGGGCGUCCCCCGAUUGCCGCUGGUUGUGUUUUCUCGGCUUUCUCCGCUCCUGCUGCUAAUUUUUCCACCCUCUUUGCCGGGAGCAAAGGGAAAGGGACAUUUUCCAGCGACACAACCCCUUUCACCCUGCCCUGCAGCUUGGCUCCUGCCUUUGGUCAGCGGCUCUCGCCUUUAUUUAUUCUAUUUAUUUAUUUAUUGGUUCUCAAGACUCGAGGGGAUGGUAGCAGAGCGCGCCCGCAGAGCGGCAGCCGCCGGUGCCCGCGGCCCUGGGGAGCUGGGCGCACCCGGGACGGUGACGCUGGCUGUGGCGCCCGUGGAGCGCUGCGCGCGGCUGCCGAGCCCGGGGUCGUGCGGGUUGCUGGCACUGGCCCUCUGCUCGCUGGCGCUCAGCCUGCUUGCCCACUUUCGGACUGCGGACCUGCAGGCCCGGGUGCUGCGCCUGGAAGCGGAGCGUGGGGAACAGCAAAUGGAGCCGGCUAUUUUGGGACGAGUCAACCAACUGCUGGAUGAGAAAUGGAAACUCCACUCUCGCAGGCGCCGGGAGGCCCCGAAGACGUCUCCAGGGUGUCACUGCCCUCCAGGACCUCCUGGUCCCAUUGGAAGACCUGGCCUCCCAGGGGACAAAGGUGCCAUUGGAAUGCCUGGACGUGUGGGCGCCCCAGGAGAUGCCGGGAUGUCCAUCAUCGGUCCCCGCGGCCCCCCUGGUCAGCCGGGCACUCGAGGUUUUCCUGGAUUUCCGGGUCCCAUUGGGCUAGAUGGCAAACCGGGCCAACCCGGACCAAAAGGGGAGAUGGGCCUGACGGGUCCCCGAGGACAGCCGGGACCUCAAGGACAAAAAGGAGAAAAGGGUCAGUGUGGAGAGUACCCACACCGGGAGUACCUAAGCAGCACUCUAGCAGCUCUGCGCUCCAACCAGAUAAUUACCCUGAAGCUGCUGCCUCUCCUCAAUUCAGUGCGACUGGCUCCACCCCCAGUCAUAAAAAGGCGGACCUUCCAGGGUGAACAGGGCCAGGCCGGCAUCCAAGGCCCACCAGGGCCACCAGGCCCCCCUGGACCAAGUGGACCUCUGGGGCAUCCAGGACUUCCGGGGCCCAUGGGGCCACGUGGCUUCCCUGGGCCUCCUGGGCCUCCUGGACCAAAGGGAGACCCGGGAAUUCAGGGCUACCACGGCCGGAAGGGUGAGCCAGGGACCCCAGGAGCCAAGGGUGAGAAGGGAGCUGCAGGCUCCCCUGGGCUACUUGGCCUCCUGGGGCAGAAGGGGGAGAAAGGCGAUGCUGGCAACUCCAUUGGAGGAAACAGAGGGGAGCCCGGCCCUCCAGGGCUCCCUGGACCCCCAGGGCCAAAGGGAGAAGCUGGUGUCGAUGGCCAGGUCGGUCCCCCAGGACGGCAGGGAGACAAGGGGGAGCCUGGAGCAGCUGGAGAACAGGGACCAGCUGGCCCCAAGGGCUCCAAGGGAGAACCAGGGAAAGGAGAGAUGGUGGAUUACAAUGCAAACAUCAACGAGGCUCUCCAGGAGAUCCGGACACUGGCCUUGAUCGGACCCCCUGGUCUUCCGGGGCAAAUCGGCCCACCUGGAACUCCAGGGAUCCCAGGCCAGAAGGGGGAGAUUGGACUUCCAGGCCCUCCAGGACACGAUGGGGAAAAGGGACCACGAGGCAAACCAGGAGACAUGGGCCCCCCUGGUCCCCAAGGCCCCCCAGGAAAGCCUGGGCCUGCAGGAAUAAAGGGAGAAGAUGGACACCCGGGGAGCCUGGGAGAGAAGGGGGAGAAAGGGGAGACAGGGCAGGCAGGCCCGCCGGGAGAAAAAGGAGAACCCGGGGAGAAAGGUGACCCAGGAGUGGAGGUUCCUGGGCUACCAGGGCCAGAGGGGCCUCCUGGACCUCCGGGGCUCCAAGGCAUUCCUGGACCAAAGGGAGAAGCAGGACUAGAUGGAGCAACAGGAGAGAAGGGUGUCCAGGGAGAAAAAGGAGACCGAGGUCCUCUGGGAUUACCCGGAGCUUCAGGUUUGGACGGCAGGCCUGGGCCACCGGGUACUCCAGGACCAAUUGGAGUUCCAGGCCCAGCGGGACCAAAGGGCGAGAGGGGCAGCAAAGGCGACCCUGGGAUGACAGGACCAACGGGAGCAGCUGGGCUUCCUGGUUUACAUGGACCACCCGGGGACAAAGGAAACCGGGGGGAGAGGGGGAAGAAAGGCUCUAGAGGGCCUAAAGGGGAUAAGGGAGACCAAGGAGCGCCUGGAUUAGAUGCCCCCUGUCCAUUGGGUGAAGAUGGCUUACCAGUCCAGGGCUGCUGGAAUAAGUGAUGCCUCUAAGCUGGGAUUGGCCUGUGUGUGUUUUUGUACAUAGAAUAUUUAUUUUUAUACAGUUUUCACUUUUUGAAAAUGCCAGAAGUAUGAUGCAUCUUACAGAUUACUAAAAAAAGAAAAACCUGCGUAUUUUGUACAGAAAAAUACCAACCUCUUACCUUUUGUUUACAAGAUGUUUUGUAUAAGUCCGCGACUCUAAUACACUUUUUGUUUGUGAUAACGGUCA